AAAGGAAGUGUUUUUAUGCGAUCUGCAUAAUUUUCUGCACAAACGUUGUUUACCAAUAGCUAGCCGCUCACCGUAGACGAUGGCCUACACUCGUACAACCGAGAUUUGCCAGAUUCAAUUCGAGCUGGACACACUCGCCGAUAAGCUAGAGGAUGACUGGCGCACAUUGUUUUACUUAAUCCCACGGCAUAUUGACGACAUCGAUCAACCACCGGGCAGCUACGCGAUUAAAUACAACGGCACCCAAGAGCAGGAAUUAGAUGAUUACGGAGAGCGGCAAAACAUUUCUCGCGCUCGGCAGUUACUAGAAGAAUGGAGUACGUCCGGCCGGAAGGAUGAACGCCCUCGCCUUGGCCACUUAUUAACACUGUUAAUUAAAGGAAAUUUGUUUAGAGCGGCGGAUUACAUAGCGAGAGAUUUACUCAAGGAUAAUCCUCCCACGCGACCCUGCUGUGGUCCGGCUGCUCCAAUAGAUAUCGAUCGGGAACUGGACUGUCAAAUGGAGAAAAUGUUGGAUGCAGUUGGUUAUCCUGAUUCAACGGCUCUUCGUAAUGGAAUGAAUUCUUUGACUCUAGAAGAUAACCUGGACCGUCCGGAGCCGCCAAAGCGAGAGGGAAUUACCGAUUUGCCUGUGAUGGCAGCUAGUAGUAUUUCUAACAGUGAGAACAACGAACAGCUAACCAUCGGAAGUGCACCAGUGCCGAUGCUGAGUGCCUUGUUGGCCAGAGAGCCUGAGGCGGGACCGUCCGGUAUCAACCCGACAUUUUCAUUGGUUGGUAACACUCUGUCAUCAACUUCGGACAGUAUGAGUGAUGUCAACAGCAGCAGUACUAGUACUAACUCCAAUGACAAUCGUUCAGUCCAGAUGGUAGUACCGACAGCUAUGGACGCAAUUGGGGAAGCUGCCGAAGUGCCAAAUUUGUCGAUAUUUGGAGGGACAUGUUCGCAAAACAGUGUGUCCAAUGGAGGCUCCGUUCCUAGGUUUUCUGCUUUGUUGACUACCUCCGAACAACCAUCAGCGAGCAGUUCUCAUCAAUUGCCUCGGUUUUCCGUUAUCGGUACUUCGCAGCAGGAACGAGGUAGUUUUUCGAUGGUGAACGAUUCAAAUUUAAUUCAAUUUUCGUCCGUAAAAUCUGCACCAUGUUCAAUAGUUAGCUUUUCUUAUAGCUUGUUAAAGACGGCUACUGCAAACUUCGACAAACGGCCUUUUUCUAGAGAUAAGCUCGAACCAGUGAAUGGUCGUUUAUUGGGCGUCGGUGGCUUCGGAGAGGUUUUUCUCGGUAUUAAUCUAUCACCGGACAUUGCCUUAGCUGCAGUCAAGCGGCUUUUUCCUUCCAAUUAUAAGUAUCGUGAAAAAUACGAUAGAGAGCGAGAGGUUCUUACAAAACAUGCUCACCCAAACAUUGUUCGUUUGUUCGGUUAUUCGGAAGACAUGCAAUUAUGUUUGGUUUAUGAGUUCCUUACGGACGGAAACUUGGAAUCCGCGUUGGAACAGUCUCGCAGAAAACAACUACUGCUAACAGCCUCGAGUCGCAUCGAUUAUUUACACGGAAUUGCUUCUGCCAUAGAAUAUCUGCACAGUCCACAAGUCCAGGUAAUCCAUCGUGAUGUUACACUAGCCAAUGUGUUACUUGACGGUAAUUCGAUCGCCAAGCUGUGUGAUUUCGGUUUAGUGAAACGCAUAGAUAGCAUGACGACCACGAGUGUGAUGGGAACGGGUCCGUAUCUCGCACCAGAGUCACUACGUGGUACCGUAACACCGGCGAUGGAUAUUUACUCAUUCGGUGUUGUUUUGGCUGCGGUCAGUACUGGUAAGGAAGUUGUAGUCUCGCAUCCUGGGGGGGAGGAUCUGCUGGAACUAGUCACAAGUACAGCGGUAGAUCAAAGGUCUUUGGUAGAUCAUGGAGUACGAACGGAGGAACUGGAUGAUUGGCUAGAGCUGGGGCGCCUUCUUCUGGAGUUAGCUCACGGCUGUCUACGGGAGCGAUUACAACGACCAACUGCUCGGGCAGUUAGGGAACGAAUUGCGGAGGUUUCGCGAACCAGGACAGAAUACCGUAAGAACCAUUCCUAUGCAGCAAAUUAAAACUCAAAUUGUUUAGGUAGGAUUAGAUAGGAUUUAUGCAAUGUAGAAGUUUUGAAUGACAACAUAAAUGAUGAAUGAUUUUAA